CUUGUUACAGUAACUUCCCCUCUCUAAGAGCAGUGGAAAGCACAGAGUGGGGGCUGGCUAUAAUGUCUUGCGGUAGGAUUAGUGGGUAAAGGAAAAGAUGACAAAAACUGGACAGGCUUUAUAUUGGAUUGCAGAGCUAAGCGUCCAUCACAGCAAAGAAGAAAAAAGACAAAGAUCAUCAUCAACACCUUUUCACUGAUACCAUCAUGAAGACUUCUUGCUUGACUCUGGGGCUGCUGCUGCUGCUCGCCGUCUGCCAAGCCUUACCUAAAGCACUGCAGUACAACACAGCACCUGCGGACUGCUGCUUCAACUUUUAUACACGUAGUUUACCAUUAAAGUUUGUAACCGGCAUAACCGAGAGCCACAGCUCCUGUCCGAUGCAGGCGUUCAUAGUCCACACUCUUAGAGGGAAACAGAUCUGCUACAGCAAGACUUUCCAGUGGGUUGUAGAUGUCUACAAUCAGCUCCAUGGCAAUGAAAGCAGCAGUCAGCAGCACUGAGGACGUAUCAUUGUAUAAAACUUACUGUUAUAUGAAUGCCUGGUUCUGCAGACUUGAAGGCAUACAUACCAAGUCUUUGUAUUUUAAUAAAAUGUGUAUAGCUAAAAUGAA